AUGAUUUGCGUUAGAGCUCGACCGCUAUUUUCCUCGCCGUUUUCUUCUCUCGCUUUCUCACCAACCAAACACUCUCCAAUCCAUCGUCAUCUCCGUCUCUCCUCCUCCUCCUCGCGACGCUCCUUCUCCGCCGUCGCAAUGUCUUCCUCGUCUCCUCCGAACCAGAUCGUCGAGCACAUCGUCCUUUUCAAAGUCAAGGACGAAACCGACUCAUCCAAAAUCAGCUCGAUGAUGAACGGCCUCAACGGCCUCGCUUCCCUCAACCAAGUGAUUCACAUCUCCGCCGCACCUCUCCACCGUGUCAGAUCCUCCGCCACCGCCUUCACUCACAUCCUCCACAGCCGGUACGGAUCUAAGGAGGAUCUCACCACCUACGCCGCGCAUCCCGAUCACGUCCGCGUCGUCAAGGAAUCCGUGUUGCCGAUCUGCGAUGACGUCAUGGCCGUCGAUUGGAUCGCCGAUCGAGUCCCCGGAACCCUAGCUCCGCCUCCUGGAUCCGUCGCGAAAGUGACAUUCUUAAAGCUGAAAGAGAAUCUCCCUGAUGAAGCUAGAUCGGAGGUUAUGGAUGUGAUUAAGGGGCUCAACGAGAAAUUCCCGGAGAUUGGUCAGAUCACUGUGGGGGAAAACUUCUCUCCGGCGAGAGCGAAAGGUUUCUCGAUUGCUUCGAUUGCGUAUUUUAAGGAUCUGGCUGAAUUGGAAGGUGUGGAUGCUCAGACGGAGUUGGUGAAUUCGGAGAAAGAGAAGGUUCGUGAGUAUGUCGAUUCCACCAUUGUUGUUGAGUUCGUGGUGCCUUCUUGCUUGGUUUCUGGAUUGUAA